AUGAAACGCGAGGAAUGGAUUCAUCCCCUUCGUUUCCUCGUUUAUUUCGCCUCAAAUCUAAUCAGCGUCUACUUUCUAUGCUGUAUUUUCCUCAAACGACCAUAUCAUCGGAAUUUCAGAACUUUAUUGGUUGUGAAUUGUGUGGCGGGUUGGUGCAUCUCAGCCGGUGAAUACCACAUGAUCAUCGAGGCGGGAGGGCAUUUUGAUCCCAUUGUGAAACAAGCGAUUUUCAUAUGCUUUCUCUUCGGUUUAUUCCUUUAUCACGUCAGUAUGAUCUCGAUUGCGAUGGAGAGAUUGCUGGCGACGAUUUCUGUGCGAGUCUAUGCAACGGGUGGCCGCAGCUGUGCACUGCAGGCGUUUCUCAUUUUUGUAACGGUGCUUGGUGCUUGUGGUAUGGUGGCCUUUCAAAAGAGCUCAAUAGUGCCAAAUGCCGACAUCGUCCUCUUGACGUUUUCUUUCACGACCGCAUGCCUUUCAGCUGUGAUCAUGAUUUUGCUAUAUAUCUUCAACAAAAGGGCGUAUCGUCGCCGAGCUGAACGGGUGCUUUGGGCUGAGAAGUAUCAGUUGAACGAGAAUUUACAAUCAACGAGAGCUUUCAUUCCGAUUGUGAUCAACGAGUUGGCGUGUCGCUUCAUCACGAAUUUUUUGCAUCUUCUGGCCGUACGAUCCGGGGAGGAUUUGGCCGCGAAACACAAUGGAUACGUCGAGAUUAUUGACAUUUUCACCUCAUAUCGAAUCUCCUUCGCUCACCUCGUCAUCAUUCGGCAUAUUCAUCAGCGAUGUCGAGAACCGUCCGGGUUUCUCCGCAAAGUCACGAGGGAGUGCCGAAAACGACGUCAUUUCUCAUCCUCUUUACAAUUUCGGCGUGCCUCUUUGAGGGAAAUUCUCCGGAACUCUUCAAUUCAAAAGGAAUCACGUCGUUCUCGACAAGGCAAGAAGCGUUACUCGUGUUGCGUUCACUCGGCGAUGCGCGACUGUCGGUUACACUUCCUACUAUCAACAUUGUUCAUUGCGGUCACACGAUCACAAUACGCGGUGGAGCGAUUUCCGGUCUACUGGAAUGCGCCGACGGAGAACUGCAUACGGAAAGGCGUGCAAAUACCACUGGACAAAUACGGGAUACUGCAUAACCAGGGUCAACGCUUCUUCGGAGAUAACAUUGUCAUCUUCUACGAGUAUGCAUUUGGCACGUUUCCUUAUUUUGAAUACGGGAACGCGUCGCGACCUAUGAACGGAGGAUUGCCACAGCUAUGUGAUCUCGCGCUACAUCUCGACGCCGUCCAAGAGCACAUUCAAAUGAAAAUCCCCGACGAGGCUUUCAAUGGGAUAGCUGUCAUCGAUUUCGAGGAGUGGCGGCCGUUGUGGCAGUUGAAUUGGGGCAAAAAACGCGUCUACCAGCACGAGUCGAUUCGCUUGGUGAAAGAGAGGGACCCGCUCAUCUCCGACAAAGCCGCCAAAUUCUACGCUCAACAAGAGUUCGAUGAAGCUGCGAGAGACAUUUUCUUGAAGACGAUUGAGGUGGGAAGACGGAUGCGGCCUUAUGCGAAAUGGGGUUUCUACGGCUUCCCGUAUUGCAACUAUGAUGCCGGGGUCGAUGGGGAGAGCACCUGUUCUGCGCGCUUUCAAAUGCACAAUGAUGACUUACUCUUUGUAAUGAAGGCCGGGGUGGCGCUGUUUCCGUCGAUCUACUUAAGCGAGCGACGACCCAAGUUGAACUUUAGGUACAUUCAAGCAAUUCUCUCAGAAAGUCGUCGAAUAGCCAGUAGUGUCGAUCCGCCGCUGGAGAUCUACCCGUACACGAAAUUCGAGUACGAUCCGUACGAUGAGGAGAAGAUACACGAGUUCUAUGGAAAGGGUGAUUUGUGCAACUCGAUAAAACAAAGUGCUGAUGCGGGCGUCUCGGGCUUGAUUUUGUGGAGCACAUCGAAACGAAUGUGGAGACCGAGAUGCGAGCUGAUCGCCAACUUUUUCAAUCAAACGCUGGGACCGACAGUUCACUUGGUGGCAAAACGAAUGCGCAGAUGUUCAAGGAGUUUGUGCUCGAAUCGGGGCCGUUGCGUUUACCAGGGACCAGUUGACCGAUGUACGUUCCGGGCGCGUAAGGAGAUGUACAGGUGUGAAUGCGACCCACAGUAUGAAGGGCCAUUCUGCGAAUAUCAUUCGAAGUUCCACUGGUGGUUGCUCGGCGCCGACUCGUCCUCCGCCUAUCAGCCAAUCGACGACUUG